AUGUCAUAUAAAGACAUAGUGCGGUCUCUUGAUUUAAAACACGGGUAUAUUAUAAGUGAAAGGCAAGUAAAGCGCAUUCUUAAGUUUAACGGGCUUUGCCGUCGGAAAUUUGCUGACUUGAAUCAAGUUCUCGAAUUCAUCAUUAACCAGCUGAACGGUCCUGGACGCCUCCAUGGAUACCGCUGGAUGCAUAAAAAAUGCCUCAAAAAUGGUAUACAUGCACGAAAAGAAGAUGUUCGAAUAAUUUUGAAAGAGCUGGAUCCAGAAAGUGUAUUACUUCGUCGUCGACGCCGACUUCAUCGUCGGCAGUAUUUUUCUCAAGGUCCCAAUUAUAUUUGGCAUGUAGAUUCGUAUGAUAAACUAUCACCAUAUGGAAUCUGUAUCAACGGUUGCAUAGAUGGAUAUUCUCGUCGAAUCAUCUGGCUAAAGGCAGCACACACAAACAGCAACCCUCAAGUCAUUGCCGGUUACUUCGUGGAGAGUGUACUGCAAACUGGAGGAUGUCCACGAAUUGUGAGAUGCGACCUGGGAACAGAGAAUGUGAUCAUGCGUGACAUACAGAUGUUCUUCAGACGAAAUGAUGGUGAUGAGCGAGCAGGGCCCCGCAGCUGCAUCACUGGCGUCAGUUCAGCAAACCAAAGAAUCGAAAGUUGGUGGGGACUGAUGCGCAAAGAAGGGAUUGAAUUCUGGAUACAGUUUUUUGGAGAACUGAAAGACGAGGGACUGUUUUCUGGAGAUUUUCUGGAUAAAGCUUUGUUGCAGCUGUGUUUUCGGAAUAUUAUUCAGGAGGAAUUGAAUGAGAUUGCUGCUGUUUGGAAUGCCCACCGGAUUCGACCUUCAGCAAACUGCAGUGUUCCUUGCGGGAUCCCAAAUAUCAUGUUCAUGGCACCUCAACUAUGGGGAACAGAAGACUGUAUUGUAGAGCAGGACAGUGAUGAUCUACAAACAGCCCAAGAGGCAUGCUUGUUCCUGACGACAGUGCCUUGUGAUGAAGAAGUAUUUGAUCUAUGUACAAUCGUCAUGGAGGAGCAGCAGUUAAGCUUCACCAAAGACAGACUCGAAGCAUUAGUGCUAUAUCUUGAACUCAGGGAUGCAGUCCGAUCCCAAAUAACAGAAUAA